AUGCAUAUCGAAUUAGAAUAUCCAUCACUUGACGAAUAUAAUUUUCAUCAAGAGACGAUAUUGAAAAAUUUAAAUAUAUUUGGUAAUGAACAUGUACGAUCUAGAUUAAUUGUUCUUUCAUGUGGUGCUGGAAAAUCUUUAGUUGGUGUUACAGCUGCUUCUAAAAUAAAUAAAAGUUUAAUAUUUUGUAACUCAAAUGUACAAUUAUUUACGUCGAGUGAUGAAGAUAAAUUAAACGAUUCAUAUGGUGAAUGGAGUGUAAUGCUUCUUGAUGAAGUUCAUACAAAAUUACGUCUUACAGCAAAAUUAGUUAGAGAGAAUGAUAGAAUAGCUGAUAUAAAUUGUUUAAUUGGAUUUAAAUUAUAUGAAGCUAAUCAGACGGAAUUACAAAAUUUAAGUCAUAUUACUAAAGUUCAAUGUAGUGAAGUAUGUUGUCGAGUGACAUCGAAAGUUUUUCAAGAAUAUGUAUUAAUUAAAAAUAAUCAACAUCGACGCUUAAUUUCAUGUACUUAUGCACAUUUUGCAUGA